CUUCCCUUUCCUCGACAUCACCGUUAUGGUUUCCGCUCAGCAGACGUACGAUGUCUUGGGCCUCGGAUUUGGCCCAUCCAACCUUGCUAUUGCCGGCGCACUCCUUGAGAAAAGUACCGCCGCCGGCGACAUCUCCCUUGACAAAGUCCUAUUCAUCGAGCGUUAUGACGAAUUCAAGUGGCAUCCUGGAAUGCUUCUUCCAGACGCACGCAUGCAGAUCAGCUUCCUCAAAGACCUUGCUACUCUCCGCUCUCCCCAGUCUCCCAUCACUUUUAUAGCCUACCUCAAGUCCCAGAAUCGCCUUAUUGAUUUCAUCAACAAAGGAACCACUAUCCCGACUCGAAAGGAAUACGCCGACUACCUUGCAUGGGCAGCCGACUACGUCCAAUCGCGGGGUGUCAACGUUGCCUUCGGCGAAGACGUUGUAGCAAUCAACGAGGACUCAUCAGGCACGAUCGAGGUCCACAGCACCAAGCUCUCGACUGGUGAACACAUCAUCCGUCGCUGCAGAAACAUCGUCAUCUCUCCAGGUGGCUAUGCUAGGUUCCCCCAGGCGAUCUCAGGGGCUAGAUCGCAUCCAUUCGUCAUCCACAGCUCGGCGUAUCUGCACCGCGUAGGUUCUUUGCUGGACGGUGUCAGACAGCAAAAAGGCGACGGUAAUCCUCUCCGCAUUGCCGUUGUAGGCGGUGGUCAAUCAGCUGCCGAGGUUCUCCUCGACCUUCACUCUCGGUUAAGUAGCAAGCCGGGACAGGAGAGACAUCAGUUGGAUAUGAUCAUUCGAACGGGCUCUCUAAAACCCAGCGACGACUCUCCUUUUACCAAUGAAAUCUUUAACCCCGACAGGACUGAUAUGGUCUUUGGCUUCGCCGACAUGGGCACUCGGCGUAUCGUCCGCUCCGAGUAUCACAACACUAACUACAGCGUGGUCAACCCGAGGACAAUUGACACACUUUACGACGUGAUAUACGAUCAGAAACUUGAUGAGGACGUAGCUCGGCGCAAGGGACGCCCCAACGCAUCUCCUCACCCCCAGUUGACAAUUCGAACAUAUUCCAACAUCCUAUCAGCCGAUACUUUGUCAUCUGCCGAACAUUCAGAAGGGGGUCUGGCUGUCAUAAUCCAGAACGUCCUUUCCGGCGACAUCCAUGAAACCACUUACGAUGCUAUCGUUUGCGCCACCGGCUACGAACGCCGCUCAUGGGCCAAACUCCUCACAUCGUCGAACGUCGGCAAGCGUUUCGGUAUUGAUAGCACCUUGCAUGACUCAAUACGCCUGAAGUCGGAGGCGGAGCAGCAUGACGGCCAGCCUUCAAUCACAACAAAUAAUGUCGCUGAGAAAUUGGCGUUGAAAAUGCUAGAGGGCGGCUUGACUCGCUCUGGAGACCAAGACACGGAUAGCUCUUCGCCAACCUCCACAAGCGCCUCUAGCGAUCUCCCGUCUCCGGCAUUCUGCUCUCUUCCACCAGACGAGUCGCGGUAUGAAAAGACCCUCUAUAUCUCUCGCGGUUACCGUCUCCUCCUUCCACGAGAUGCGGAAGCUAUCGCGGACGGCGCGAGUCCGUUCAAGGGGCGGAUAUACUUGCAAGGUUGUGAGGAGGAAACACAUGGCCUCAGUGACACGCUAUUAAGUGUAGUCGGGGUACGUGCUGGGGAAGUGGUCGAUGAUCUGUAUGCCGCUUAGUCUACGUAUGCAUGGUGGACUAUUUUAUUUAUUUAUUUACAUCAAAACCAGGGUAUCUCGUCGUUGUAUUACCUGGUAUCUGUUUUAGAGUAUGACGAAUCAACUCACUGGAAUAGUC